ACGACCAAUACAUCAAUAAUAAUGGCAGCACUCUUUCCUUGGAAAGGUAAAGUUCUGCUGCCUGUCUGGAUUACAACCCGCGUGCUCCUGGCAAAUAUGUCUUCCUCACCACCAACAAAAAGAGCUAAAUUAUCUGAUGAGCAAAGAACAGAAUUAAUCGAACCACUGAAGAUCAAAGGAUGGUCUUUGGUUGAAGGUAGAGACGCAAUAUACAAGGAGUUUCUUUUUAAAGAUUUUAAUAGGGCGUUCGGUUUUAUGACGCGAGUUGGUUUAAUGGCAGAAAAAAUGGAUCACCAUCCGGAAUGGUUUAACGUUUAUAACAAAGUGCAAAUAACGCUGAGCACUCAUGAUGUUUCUGGAUUAUCUCUAAAAGACGCCACACUCGCAAACUUUAUAGAGGAAGUUGCAUCUUCAUGAGACAUGCGCCGUAGCUAGAAAUUUUUGAUGUAUUUUGUUAUCUGUUUUGUGAAAAAAAUCAUUUAAAAACA